AUGGUCACCACACGCAACAUGAGGAAGCGCAAGUCUGGCGAAGCUCUGGACGUGGACCUCGACGCCGCUGCCCCAUCCUCCACGCAGAACAGCCCGGCCGCCGGCACUCCCAAGCGCCAGCGCAAGCUCCCCGUGCGCGCCAAGUCCAGGAAGCAAGCGGCCAAGGGCGAGCCAGAGGCCGACGCAGAGGACGAGGACGAGACCCAGGAUGCGAGCGAGUCCCCAGCCCCAGCCCCAGCCAACCCAUCAUCGCUGGUAGUUGAGAUCCGCGCCAAGACAGACGAAGAUGAGCAUGGUCUCAGCGGAAGCGCCGCCGAGGACAACGACCAAGGUGACGCCGGAACCGGGGCCGACGAGACCAUCAUCCCCGGCGCCGAACAGCCUGCGCCUGGGCCUGAGCCCAGCCGAAAGGACACGAUCAACGACUCGGACGCCUCCGAAGACUCGGACGACGAGGCGCCCGAGGCCGUUUCCACCUCGGCCGCUGCCGCCGCCGUCUUUGAAUCUGCCAGAGCGGCCAACAAGGCCAUUGCAGACGCACCGCCUUCCUCCAGGACCAGGCGCAGACCCGCAAGGCCUGCCGAACCCGUCACCCCAGCUCCUGCCCCGGCGUCCACCGCCACCGCCGCCGCCUCGCCGUCAGACGACAUGACGCCACGCACCCAGCUCGCCCUCGAGUCAAGCGCCGCCUUCAAGAGGCAGCAGCGCGCCCCGGCCCUCCUGCCAGCCGAGUUCCUCGCCUCAGACUCCGAGGACGAUGACGACGACGACGCGGCACCAAGUGACGCCGCCGCCGGGGCCAAGUCCCGCCCGCGCAAAGCCCGCAAGAUCGCCCUCGACAAGGCGCCUCGCGACGAGGUCGUCGGCACGACCGUCUACCGCGUAGCCAAGGCGCAGCAGGACCCGCGCCUCGCGCCGCGCGGCGGCCGCGCGAGCGUCAAUGCCAAAAAGGCGCUGCUCGUCCGCGGGCGGGCGGCCAAGGCCGGGACCAAGGGUUUCUUUGUGAAAUGA